AUAAAUUUAUUUAUUUUAGUUUUGUUAUUUAUACUAUUUUCUGGAAUUUUAUUUUAUAUUUUUAAUUUUAAUCAUUUAUUAAUAAUACUUUUAGGAUUAGAAUAUUUAUUGUUAAUUUUGUCUUUAUUAUUUUUAAUUAAUUUAAUAAUAUUUAUUAAACAAUAUAUUUUAUUAUUGAUUUUUUUUAUUUUUUGUAUUAGUGAAAGAGUGUUAGGUUUAACAAUUUUGAUUUUAAUAGUUCGAAUAUAUGGUAAUGAUUAUUUAAAAUCUUUAAUAAUUUUACAAUGUUAA